AUGGACGUGAACCUGGAGAUCAUGCGAGGCAUCUCUCUCCGCAAGUGUCUGCGAAAUGUCCGAAAUCUUUGGUGGGCUUCUCCUCUCGAUCUCCCUGAGAAGAUCCGAAGCAACCUGUGGAAGAAGUCGGCAUCCGUGUCCGGCUUCGAUGUCUUUUUGUCACACACUUGGCAAAGCUCGGGCUUGCGAAAGUGCUUGGCGCUCUUACUGCAAUCAACAUGGAUGUGGGGUUUGGCAUUUUGGCUCUUUAUCUUGCUUCUUUUGAUGAUCAUCUACAUGCAGAACCUCCUCCCCACGCCGAGUGGCUAUUCGCUCCCCCAACGCUAUGGCGGCGGUACCGUUCCCCAAGGACCUUGGAUGGCCAUCUUCAGUCUACCCUCCUGCCUUUUCGGCCUGGCCCUUGCUGUCUACCUCCCCGAGCGGAUCUGGCAGUCACCGACGUGCUUCCUCGAUGCCGUCAGUAUACACCAAACGGACCAAGGCCUCAUGAAGCAAGGUGUGUAUGGACUUGGCGGCUUUCUGAAGGCCUCCAAAGAGCUGCGCAUCCUCUGGUCGGCGCCAUAUUUUUCCAGGCUUUGGUGCAUCUUUGAGCUUGCCGCCUAUCGCACGGCCAAUCCGACGGGCAAAAUCACGCUGGCCCCAGUCUUCGUAGAGAGUGCCGUGGCAGCGUACUUCGUUGCGAGCUACCUGGCCUGCGUAUCUUUCACCCUCGACCGACAAUCCUUUCUGUUCUUGUCCCUCGUGGGCCAGAUGGUUUCGACGUACAUCCUGAUUUGGUACCUGCGAAGAAACCUCUCGGUGAAGCGCAAGCUCAUCUCCGAUCUGCAGAACUUUGAUAUCGCACAGGCCCAGUGCCGCCUCCAGUAUGACAGGGACUUUGUCUUGGAUGCCAUCACCGACUGGUUUGGCAGCCAGGAGGCCUUUACGGACUACGUGCGGGGCAACCUGGGCAAGGCUGCAACAUCUGGGCUCCUACCCCUCACAGUUGAGUUGGGUUGGCUACUUCCAGUUUUAGGUUUGUGA